GUCUGUACAGAACGUCAUAAUUUGGAUUCCAUUUUAACUGUGAUUUAAGUUACACAGUUCACCUCGAUUUCGUAUAAAAACAGAAAUUAUUUCUUGUACAACUAGUUAUCGUGAAAACGGAGUGUAGAGAGAAUGAUGGAAGAAGUCCAUGAACUUGACAAAAUAAACGGUGGACGUGAACAUGUGCCAGUUGUGCAAAUGAAGAAGACAAUUGGCCUUGCUAGUAGUAUAACCAUUAUAGUCGGGUCUAUGAUUGGAUCUGGAAUAUUCGUUAGCCCAACGGGUAUUAUGGAAAAUGUCCGAAGUAUCGGAGCAAGUUUAAUCAUUUGGGUUGCCUGUGGUAUUUUCAGCAUGCUUGGUGCAUACUGUUAUGCUGAGCUUGGCACUAUGAUUCAUCGAUCUGGUGGAGAUUAUAUAUAUGUUUACGAGGCUUUCGGUCCUUUUCUUGGUUUUCUUCGACUGUGGUCAGAAGUAGUUGUCGCUAGGCCUGCAUCUGUGGCAAUUAUGUCAAUAACGUUUGCAAAGUAUAUUGCACAACCAAUUUUUCCUGACUGUGAUCAACCUGAAACUGCAGUACGCCUUUUAGCAGCAGUAUGCAUAAUACUGUUGAGUUUCGUCAAUGCUUUCUCCGUACGACUAUCUACAUUUGUGCAGGACAUAUUUACUUAUGCAAAAGUAGCCGCUUUAAUCAUGAUCAUUAUUACAGGACUUGUACAAAUAGGAUUUGGCCAAGUCGAUGGGCUUACUGGAGCAUUUGAUAACUCCGACUGGAGUCCAGGUUCCCUGACAAAAGCAUUCUAUGUUGGAUUAUUCGCUUACUCUGGCUGGAAUUACUUAAACUGUAUGAUUGAAGAAAUGAAUAACCCUCGUCGUGAUCUACCAUUGGCUAUUAUAAUUUCUUGUCUGCUUGUUACAUUUAUUUAUACUAUGGCAAAUGUAGCCUAUGUUACUGUGGUUUCACCAUAUGAAAUACUGACAACACCAGCUGUCGCUAUCACAUUUGCAGUACGAAUCUAUGGAGUUAUGUGGUGGAUCAUGCCAAUAUUUGUUGCCUUAUCAACAUUCGGUGGAGUUAAUGGCACUAUAAUGACUACAUCAAGAAUGUUUUUUGUUGCAAGUCAAGUAAAUCAAAUGCCAAGAUUAUUAUGCUUUUUGCAUGUACACCGAUUGACACCAAUAUCUGCAGUUAUAUUUACAUGUAUAACAUCAUUAAUAUAUUUGUUUGUUGGUGAUAUCUACUCAUUAAUAACGUAUCUUGGAUUUGUACAAUGGCUUGCAAUCGGUUCAUGUGUAUUCAUUGUGCUUGUAUUUAGAGUGACUAGAAGAAAUCAACCACGUCCUGUGAAAGCACCAAUUCUGUUUCCGAUAAUAUAUGUAUCAAUAACUCUGUUACUGGUCAUUUUUGCAUUUGUGGCUGCACCAACAGAAUCUUUAUUCGGUGUUGCCAUAAUUUGUACUGGUAUACCAGUUUACUUAAUUGGAUGUGUAUGGAAAAAUAAGCCAAAGUCAUUUCAACGAAAGUUCAAUUCUUUCACAGUUGGGGUACAAAAGUUAUUUAAACUCGUACCAACGGAUUAAAUGAUCAAUCAAUGCUGUAUGGUUUCGUACUUUUACUAAUGACUACUGUUAUUACUACUCUAACUGAUUACAGUAGUAUUAGUAGUACAAAGUUAUUUUGCAUGCAACAUUCAGUAUGGUUUUUUUUAGUAGUAGUUCAAUUAUACAUACAUUAUGAAGUUUUAAAUGAUGAUACAACUUAUGAUUCAUAAUCGUGUUCUCUAGUAUUAUUAGUAUUGUUAUUAUGAUCGUGAAACAUGUUCGCCUUUUCUUCAUUAUUCUUUUCUGUAUCCUUACAAUUUUUAUUUAAUGACAUUUCAUUGAAUAAUUUCAAAUAAGUAGGCAACGAAAUACCAUUCAGUGUUUUUUUAUUUUUGAUAUUGUUAUCGAUUUCUUUUUUUUGUCAAACUUAUGGAAGUUUACGUUUUCGUGUAUACUUGUGUAGAUGUUGUGCUUGCCAGUUUCGUCUUUUAUGCACUAUCGUCCAAUUGAAAGUGUACAGUUAUUUGCUUCUAUACACAUAACACAAUAUUGGAAUCAUUGAAAAUAGUUGAUUUCUUUUAUCGGUGUUUACUUUUAUCACUCAUUUAGCAGUUAGGCAAUUUAUAAAAGAGAAAAUUUGAAAAUUGUUUUUAUACGUUAAUUUUAGGCUUACUUUUUUCAAGCAGACUUAUUCAUCACUCAGUACAGUCGUAUGUGUAAAAUAGAAAUAUUUGCAUUGAAAAAAAAGACCAUUUCAUUAAUUGGCCUAAUUUUACAAAUAUUAUUUAUUCGAAAGAAAGAAAAACAUAAAAGAAUAGUCGCUUCUAGCGGUCUGCAAGGAGUCGGUCAUUUCUAAUCGACUUUGUCUAUAAUAAUAAUGCUUAAGAAACCAUUAAAAGUUAUAGAGUGACAUGUAGCUGUUCUAUUUUAAUCUAAAAAUUCACUAUAGUAUAUAUGAAAGACCAUAUGAAGAAUCGAAACUAGGAUAGUCUUGCCUCAUGGUUAGAACAUCAGUGCUUACCUAGUGGGUUGAAAUCCAGUGGUCAGUGGUUUCCAUAAUUUCUGUUGCUUUUUGAUGUAAAGCGAUAGUCAUUCACUGACGUUAGUAAGUAUGUCUCCACAAAUUCAACUUUGUAGUAAGAAGGACUUACUGUCAUGGAAUCAGUUUCAUAUACGAUAUAUGAAUGCUUACUACUGAUAAGCUUCAAAUUUGUACAAAACAGCUGUUCGCUACUAUACUGUUUAUCGCAGUUUUCUAUUUUAUACUCUUAUCAGUGAUAACAACUCGAUAGAAGCAAUUGUAAUGAGUUCUCUGAGUUAAUUACUGUUAAAUUUUAGUACAGAUUUUGUUUGUUUACUAGUUUUAUUUUUGAAUAAAUUAACGAAACUUUUC